GCCCAUUUGGGUCGCCACCUGCGCGGGAGGUGUCGUCGGGGCGGCCUCCGGGCUGAGAAAUGUGCCCCCGACGCGUCGGAGAGGUGAGAGAAGACGACGACGACGACGACGACGGCGUCCGUAAGAGCGGGUGUUCGAGUUCAACGGGACACAAUGACGCCAGCAACGUGUCACAUGUCCGGAAGUCAGCCAACCAGCCAAUCAAGGACGCAGUCUGGGGCUCCUCCUCCUCCCCUGAAGACUGCACAAGAUUUCAGUUUUUUUUUUUUUUCUUUCCGAACCCGUGAAGGCAACAUGGACUUCAUCAGCGACCGAGAUGUGCAAAAGUACAGGGAGGACGGCUUCGUGGUCCUGGACGAGUUCCUGACGGCGCAGGAAUGCGACGAGCUGCGCCGGCGCAUGCGCGAGAUCGUGGACGCCAUGGACGUGCCGGAGCACUGCCGGACCACCUUCUCCACGUACCACCACGAGCAGCUCAAGACGCAGGGAAACGCCGACUAUUUCAUCACCAGCGGCGACAAGAUCCGCUUUUUCUUCGAGAAGGGAGCGUUCGACGCCGAAGGAGAAUUCGCCGUCCCCAGGCAUCGGUCGCUCAACAAAGUGGGACACGCGCUCCACGCGCACGAGCCUUUGUACGCCAAAGUUACGCAUUCGCGCAAAGUUCAGGGCGUCGCCAGGAAGCUGGGCCUGGUCCGACCCGUGGUCCUGCAGAGCAUGUACAUCUUCAAGCAACCUGGGAUUGGCGGAGAAGUGACGCCACACCAGGACGCCACCUUCUUGUACACGGAGCCCCUGGGGAGGGUGAUGGGCCUGUGGGUGGCGCUGGAGGACGCCACCGUCAACAACGGCUGCCUCUGGUUCAUCCCGGGCUCGCACAACCGUGGAGUGACGCGGCGAAUGGUGAGGACGCCGCCGGGCAGCUUCCCUCUGACGGACUUCAUCGGCACGGAGCAGGAAUAUGACGGUGACAAGUUUGUCCCGGUAGAAGUUAAAAAAGGGGGCGCGGUGCUGAUCCACGGCCAAGUGGUGCACCGCAGCGCUGAGAACGCGUCGGAGAACUCGCGCCACGUGUACACCUUCCACCUGAUGGAGGCGCAGGACACCCGCUGGAGUCCCGACAACUGGUUGCAGCCCACGGAGGAACUUCCUUUCCCGUCGCUUUAUACCAAUUGACGGAACGGACGGACGUUUGCACGAAAGGUUGAAAAUCAAUUUGGGUCCAAACAAUCAUGAGUAUUAUUUGCGCGUGUACUUUAAUUCUCGUGAUUCUUGUCCAAAAGUGCUUUCACACAAAUGUAAAUAAAUUGUGACGCGCUCCA